AUGCAGCCUAAAAGCGGCCUGGAGCCAAUCCUCAUCGCCGGCGGUGUCCGCCUCCCCGCAGCCACCGCCUCAGCGGCACAACUAGUCUCGCACUCCAAGCACCCCCGAACCGAGGAUCGAAAGGACGAACUCCAUUACGCAGUCCUUUGCGUCCCGCAGGCGCCGGCUGCUACGCAGUUUACGUACAAGUGCACCGCCCCACUAACCCAAUUCCCAUUGACUUUGCGUUUCCCAUUCACUUCCGUCGCGCGGCCCGGGCAAAGUCCGAUCAAAGGCGGUGUGAUCCAAGUGGACGCCGAUAAAGAUUAUCUUCCUCGCAGCAACAUUUCCCCUCUUGACCGACACUUGGAUACUUGGAUCCUUGGACCAAUCCCUGGACCGAUACCUGGAUAUCUUGCAGAGAUGGCCCUCCCCUUCCCUCCCCGUCAGCUCUACUACGAUGGUAAGGUCCAAGCCGCCUCGUCCGGCAAGACCUUCCAGACCAUCAAUCCCGCCACCGCGACCCCGCUGGCCGAUAUUCAGAUUGCUUCCCACGCCGACGUCGAUGCCGCGAUUGGAGCGGCCGACCGUGCCUUCUCGACCUGGUCGCAGACCCCCCAUAUCGCCCGUGCUCGGAUUCUGCAGAAGGCCGCGGUGCUCCUGCGUGAACGUAACGAUGAGAUUGCCCGCGUCGAGACCUUGGACUCCGGCAAGGCCUUCACCGAGACUAGCACCGUCGACGUCGUGACUGGCGCCGAUGUGCUCGAGUAUUAUGCCAACUUUAUUGGCGGUGGAGGAUUGAACGGCGAGACUACUCAGCUCCGGGAGGAUGCUUGGGUGUAUACCAAGAAGGCCCCCUUGGGUGUCUGUGCCGGCAUUGGUGCUUGGAACUACCCCAUUCAGAUUGCCCUCUGGAAGUCUGCUGCUUGUCUUGCGGCCGGAAACACUAUGGUCUACAAGCCCAGUGAAUAUACCCCUCUCCAUGGCCAGACCCUCGCCGAGAUCUAUACCGAAGCCGGCCUGCCUGCCGGCGUCUUCAAUGUGAUUAACGGUGCGGGUGACAUUGGUGCCUACCUAACCGGCCACCCAACCAUCGCCAAGGUCUCCUUUACCGGCCAGGUCUCGACCGGUAUGAAGGUGGCGGGCUCGGCCGCAGGCAAUAUGAAGUAUGUGACCAUGGAGCUUGGUGGCAAGAGCCCGUUGAUAGUGUGCGCCGACGCAGACCUGGAGAACGCCGUCGAUGGGGCCAUGAUGGCCAACUUCUACAGCACCGGUCAGGUCUGUACCAACGGCACCCGGGUGUUCGUGCCCCGGUCCCUGAAGGCGGCCUUUGAGAAGAGGCUGCUGGAGAAGAUUCCCUUUGUGCGGGCGGGCCCGCUCUUCGAUGAGCAGACCAACUUUGGUCCUCUGAGUUCGGCGGUUCACUACGAAAAGGUUGUCGCAUACAUUCGCAACGGUAUCGAGACCGAUCGGGCGACCCUCCUCUGCGGUGGGCCCGAGAAGCCCGAUGUGCCCCAGGACCUGCAGGCCGGUUUCUGGGUCAAGCCCACCGUCUUCACGGACUGCACAGACUCCAUGAGUAUCGUCAAGGAGGAGAUCUUCGGUCCAGUCAUGUCGAUCUUGUACUACGAUACGGUCGAGGAGGCGGUGAAGCGCGCCAACACCACCGAGCUCGGUCUCGCCGCCGGUGUCUUCACCAAGGACCUCAACCAGGCCCACCGGGUCAUCGACCAGCUUCAGGCAGGUAUCACUUGGAUCAACACCUGGGGCGAGAGCCCGGCUGAGAUGGCUGUUGGUGGCUGGAAGAACAGUGGCCUGGGUGUGGAGAAUGGCCGCAAGGGUAUUGAGGCUUGGCUGCAGAACAAGAGCACUCUUGUUGACAUGAGUGGUGCCGUAGCCACUGUCUUUGCCAAGCUGUAA